AUGUCAUCAGUACCAGAUUCAGAUGAACUAAAGGCAAAAUAUGCAGAAAUAGCUGCAUUGAAAAAGGCUAUAAAUGAAAAGAAAGAGGAAAAAAAUAUUCCCGGCCCAUUAACAGCAGGUUAUGAUGGGCAUUAUUAUGGUAAUAUAAAUGAAAAUAGAGGUGGAUACAGGGGUGGAUACAGAGGUGGCUAUAGGGGUGGAUAUAGAGGUGGAUAUCAUAAUCAUCCAUAUAGUGGAGGGCAUAUUAAUAGUCAUAGCAGGGGAAAUAUACAUCGAAAUAUGACCGUUGUAUUCAACGGCACCAAUACUAACGAUAAGAAUAGUGAAGUCUCAAAAAACGAUGAAUCUAAUACAACAGAGCCAAAAUACGUUUCAUCUGUAUCGAAAAGUGGAAUGACCUUAGUGAGCUCAGAUGUGUAUGAAAAAGACAAAAUCAAAAUGAUUCAACGCAGUGAGAAUGCUAAACAGUUGCAAGACCAGAUUAAACAGAAGAAGAAAACCAAUGCCAUCAAAACUAGAGUAUUUAAAAAUCAAAAUAAAACAGACAGUUAUGAUCGAGUGAAAGCUGAUGGCGAUAUUUUUGCAGUAACCAAUAAUGGUGAUGACUUAAUUCUUUUGUCAAUUCCUACAGGUGAAAAACCGAAAACAGUUGUCUGGAAUAAUAAAAACUACACUAGAAAGAUUAAUGGUGAUUUGAAGAGUCAGGCUCCACGUCGUGGCCGGUAUGUCGUAUUCAAGUGUUUUAUCUUAUAG